AUGGCGAGCGCAACGUUCCCUGACCUCCCUGCUCUCCCUUCCUAUACUCUGAAGCCCCGCCCGUCUAUGAUUCCAGGAGUAUCAGAUCCCCUCCUCCAGCUCCUCGCUCCUGUCGUUGCCUAUUGGGUCGUCUCGGUGUUCUUCCAUAUUUUGGAUACCUAUGACCUGUGUUCGCAGUACAGACUGCAUACUCCAGCAGAAGUCCUCAAACGCAAUCACGUCACCAGAUUCGAAGUCCUCAGGGAUGUUAUUAUACAACAAAUAGUCCAGACGGCGUUUGGACUGAUUAUCGCUUCCUUCGACCCUGUGGAGACAAUUGGUAAAGAGGAUUACGAUAUCGCCGUCUGGGCCCAGCGUCUGCGCCUUACUGAAAGAUACAUCCCAACAUUGCUCGGUUUCAUUGGCUUGGAUGCUGUAUCUCUAGGUCGAAAACUACAACACACCCAUCCUCAACUCGCAGGCGCUUUGACCGGAGGCAUUUAUUCGACCCCGUCCUUUGCGUCGUGGGAAAUGACAGUGGCGAAGUCGAUCUAUUGGAUCGGCAUUCCUUUGAUCCAAUUUAUCGUCGCUACCCUCAUAGUAGACACCUGGCAAUAUUUCCUGCAUCGGGCUAUGCACAUGAACAAAUUUCUUUACACCACCUUUCAUUCUCGGCACCAUCGGCUGUAUGUUCCAUAUGCGUAUGGAGCCCUCUACAAUCAUCCGUUGGAAGGCUUCAUGCUUGACACGCUUGGAACGGGAGUGGCCUAUUUGACAACUGGAAUGACCAUCCGACAAGGCAUGUGGUUUUUCACCAUUUCCUCAAUCAAGACGGUCGAUGAUCAUUGUGGAUAUGCUUUUCCAUGGGAUCCACUGCAGCACAUUACCUCGAAUAAUGCGGCUUAUCACGACGUGCACCACCAAAGCUGGGGCAUCAAGACCAACUUUUCGCAACCCUUCUUUACGUUCUGGGACCGCAUUCUUGACACUGCUUGGACUGGUGGAGAUGUGUCAUCCCGCUACCAACGCGAUAGGAUUGCCGCCCAAAAGAAGGUGGAUGCCGAUGCCGUCGCAUCCCGUACUUCAGUUGUCAAUUCACCGCAUAUUGAUAUGGACCAUGCAGAGUACCAAGCUCGCUCGAGUCAGAGGCAGGUCCGUGACGACAAAGAGAAUGGUGGGCCUCGAGUGCUCGAGGAGGAAGCAAAGGAAGAGCAAGAAGUCAAGCAAGCCCUGCGGCGCAGCAACAGACGCAAAAGUGGCUUCGAUGCCAAAUCAAUAUCGGACCGCGUCGCAGGAAUCCAUAGCAGGAGUCCGGCAAUCCUCCAUGCAGACGGGAUGCAUUGA